ACACACAUACAUAGAAAUAAAGUAAAAUACUGCUUUUUUGUGUGCACACAGUGGAGGACUCAGUAACCUGCUGUACAUGUGCAGUUUACCCGAUGAUGUUCAGCCCACCGGGGUCGAACCUCGACGAGUUCUGCUCCGGAUCUACGGGGCCAUUCUACAGGGAGUGGAUUCUCUUGUUUUGGAAAGUGUGAUGUUUGCCAUUUUAGCAGAGAGAGAGUUGGGCCCACGUCUCUAUGGCAUUUUCACAGAAGGCCGUCUAGAGCAGUACUUGCCCAGUAAUCGCUUGCGUACAGAGCACUUGGGGUUCCCAGAGAUCUCGGCUGAAAUAGCCAGUAAAAUGGCUCGAUUCCAUUGGAUGGAGAUGCCGUUCAACAAGGAACCCAAAUGGCUGUUUGGAACCCUUGACCGGUACAUGGAACAAGUUCAAACAAUAACAUUUGUGCGUGAAGCUCACAUCAAGAAAUUUAACAAGCUAAUUAAGUAUGAUCUUCCUGCAGAACUGGAGGAUCUGAGGUCACUGCUGGCAGCUACUCCCUCUCCAGUUGUGUUCUGUCAUAAUGACGUACAGGAAGGCAAUAUCCUCAUGUUGGAUGGCCGGGAGAAUUCAUCUGACAAACUAAUGCUUAUUGAUUUUGAAUACAGCAGCUAUAACUACAGAGGCUUUGAUUUUGGGAAUCAUUUCUGUGAAUGGAUAUAUGACUACACGUAUGACCAGUGGCCCUUCUACAAGGCAAAGGUGGAGAAUUACCCCAACAGACAACAGCAGUUACAUUUUAUCAGACACUAUCUGUCAGAAAGGGGGGGCGUUGCACCUGCAGACCAAGCCAGGAUAGAAGAGGACAUGAUCACUGAGGCAAACCGGUUUGCCCUUGCGUCUCAUUUCCUCUGGGGUUUGUGGUCCAUUAUUCAAGCCAAGAUCUCUAAAAUCGAGUUUGGAUACAUGGUAAACUGGAAAAAAAAAAUUAUAUCACAACACACACAAACAGAUUAUAAAUCUGACAAUCUCACAUUUUUUAAUCCUUUUAUGAUGAUUUUUUUUAGGACUGUCAUUGCUUGAUAAUUAAUCAAAUUAAUUGCAUAUCAGUUAUGGCCAGUACAGUACAGCAUCUAAAUUAUAUAAAUAUUCAUUCAUACAUUUAUAUCAAUUUUGUAGUACUCGUCCAUGUUAUUUGUCAAUUACCCAAAAACAGAUGAAUACGCCUAAAUUCUGAGAGCUCAGUCAAAAAGCCAUCAUAGUUAUGUAUACAGUAAACAUAAGUAUAUACAGAACAAAUCCCUUCUGUUCAUCACUGAUCUGAAGGCCAUUCCACCUCAUUUCUGUCUCUAUCUCUUUUUGGUUUUCCCCAGGACUAUGCACAGCACAGGUUUGACACAUACUUCAAACAGAAGAAGCUCUUUUCCUAAAUUGCACUUGCGGCAUGUGCUUCAGGAUAUCAUUUUGCAUCACCGAUUGUUUAGGUAUAGUUUUUUUUUAACCAUUCAAGAAAGGGCACAGUACAAACAAUUAAGACUUGUUAAAUAACGGUUCAUCCUGGGGAACAUUCAUCUUAAAUCAUGAGGGGGGGGGAUUUUGCGACUGAAACCUAGAUAUACUGUAAUUCAUGUACAGUUUAUACCUCUUCAUUGUACAAGGCAAACUGUAAAAUUAAUUUUGUCAGUUUAUUUAUAAGAAUGUAACUGCACUUUUUUUAUCUAACUUGUGUGUGGUCAACAUUAUCUGUUAAUUGUAUCAAGAAUCAAUCCAUCCAUCAUAAUUACUGUGUAAACCACAGGGUCCAAAUGAUGUCUCUUCAUUUUUGUGUCUUCGUUUCCUCCCCUAGAGUUUAAACAUAUUCAUCAUAUUGGAUAAGGAUGCAAAUCAUAUUGCAUCCUUCCUAUAUUUACAUACUGUGAAAUACAUUGCACGUCUUUUUUUAAAACUCAGGGAGUCAUUCGUUUCAGAAUGGCACAUAAAAUACUCUGUUUCUAUUAUAUGAUUUUGAUGGCUAGAUUUUAUUUAACGU